AUGCGCGUGCUCGAACUCAGAGGCAAGAGCCUACUCGCCAUCAUCUUGCUGACGUCAGGUCUCGACUUUCUGCUCUUUGGAUAUGAUCAAGGGCUCUUCGGCGGUAUCCUUGGGGGCCAACGCUUCAAGGACACGCUUGGCAACCCGAAUCCCACCAUGACUGGACUAGUUACCGCCAUAUACGACGUUGGCUGUGCCCUCGGUGCUGUAGUCGCCUUCGUCUUUGGCGAGAAGAUUGGGCGAAAGCGGUCCAUCAUCCUAGCCAACAUCAUCAUGUUCGUUGCACGAAUCAUCGGUGGGGUAGGCGUCGGUCUUUCGACCGUUGCAGUUCCCAUCUUGCAGUCAGAAACACUACCUGCCCACAACCGUGGUGCAUUGUUGGUCGUGCAAUCCGCUUUGAUCAUCAUCGGUGUUGCAAUCGCAUCAUGGCUUUGCUUUGCAACGCUAUAUGCUGACAGCUCCAUCCAAUGGCGCUUUCCUGUCGCCUGUCAGAUCCUGUUUUCGUUGCUCGUACUGGCACUAUGCCCUUUCUUGUGCGAAACGCCCCGCUGGCUGGCACAGCGCGGAAGGACUGGAGAGGCCCAGCAUGUCAUCAGCAGACUUUUGGACAAGCCCCUCGACGAUGAAGAGGUCCUGGGCCAGAUGCAAGAGAUCCUCGACGCCAUCGCAGCCGAAAGCAACGACGAAGAUCCGUCGUGGGGAGAGGUAUUCAGCAAUGCCACCAAGACUCGCAAUCUGCAUCGUGUCGUUCUCGGCAUGGGACCGUACUUGAUGAACCAGUGGUCUGGCAUCAACGCACUCAGCUACUACCUCGCCUACAUCCUCCAGGAGUACCUCGAUUAUUCACCAAGUAUGGCUCUCAUCCUCGCUUCCGUUGCCUUCACUCAGUAUGCCGUCUUCGCUUGGCCGCCGUACUUCUACAUCGACAAGAUCGGACGUCGAUGGUCGGUCAUGGGAUCGUCUGCUGGAUGCGCAGUCUGCAUGGCUAUCGUUGCUGGCUCCCUAGCGAACAACAGCUACGCCAGCGCCGCCGCUGCGGUCGCGUUUAUCUUUCUGUACUUUGACUGCUUCACCCUCGGCAUCCUACCUGUAUCAUGGUCGUACUCCGCUGAAAUUCAACCGCUACGAGUCCGCAACAAAGCUACUGCAGUGGGUGUCUUCUCGCACUGGAUGUCGAACUUUGUAGUCGUUAUGGUCACUCCCAUCGGCCUCGAUAAUAUCGGCGGUCACUACUUCUGGAUUUGGGCAGCAGUUUGUGCAUCGUUCAUACCGCUUACAUACUUCUUCGGUGUCGAGACGUCAGGACGCACGCUUGAGCAGAUCGACAUGAUGUUUUACGAGGAGCCGAGGAUUUGCAUGGGACUGAACGCAGAGAAUAGGCGCGUAGUUCGUGGUAACAAGAUGGAUGAAGAGCAGAGGUAUAGGCAGCUUACACAUGCUGGUGAGAAGCACGAGGUUCUCAAGACGGAGGGAGUGUCGCAAGACGACUAG